AUGCCGAACGACAUCGCAAAGAAUGUUCAGUUGUUGAAUACGAGCCAACGACCAGCGUACCUCCUCCAGAUGAUACAAGAGUGGCUAAAUCUCGUGCUUGGAUUAGUAGUCAUGGCGGUAGCCGUCGUUCUCGUGGUACUGUCGCUUCAGUUCCAUGCACAGUCGGCUUUCGCCGGUGCCUCGCUGUACAGCCUUAUUACGCUCGGGGAGAACCUUGCAGGUAUAGUUUUAUACUAUACCAGGCUGGAAACCUCAAUCGGGGCUAUCGCUAGACUGAGAACUUUCAAUGAGUCUGUCAAGCCGGAGGAUAGAGAUGAGCACGAGGAUGUCUUUCCCUCGGAACAGUGGCCUCGGACUGGUGCCGUGGAGAUAAAAGGCGUUUCUGCUGCAUACGACGCGGAUGAAGAGAACCCUUCUCUAGCGCUGCGAAACAUCAACUUGAAGGUUGAGUCUGGGGAAAAGGUAGCCAUCUGUGGACGUACAGGCAGUGGCAAGUCAAGUCUUGUUGCUCUUCUCCUCAAGUUGCUAGACCCUCUCCCUUCGAAUACGCAACAAGUCCUCAUCGACGAUACGCCACUCUCUCGCAUACACCGACCUUCUCUACGGCAACGUCUCAUUGCGGUGCCUCAAGAAGCUGUGUUCUUGCCCGACGGCACCACAUUCCAGUCCAACCUAGAUCCCUACGACGCUUCGACGCCCGAAGAUUGCAAAGCAGUCCUGGUUGCUAUCGGCCUUUGGACAUUCGUCGAAGAGCGUGGUGGCUUGAGUGCUGGCAUGACCGCAGGGACAUUUAGUGCGGGGCAGCGGCAGCUCUUCUCUGUUGGACGCGCACUGCUUCGUCGAUGCAUUCGGGCUAGCAGUCUAGAUGGGGCCACUGAUCAAGGCAUCUUGCUGCUGGAUGAAGUGAGCUCUAACGUGGAUCGCCAGACUGAGAUUGUCAUGCAGGAAAUCAUUAAGAGGGAGUUCACAGAUUAUACGGUCAUCGCGGUUAGCCAUCGACUCGACAUGAUCAUGGACUUUGACAGGGUCAUUGUGAUGGACAAAGGUGAGAUCGUAGAGAUUGGAAGGCCAAUUGAGUUGUCUUCACAGCGGGGAAGUAAGUUCGGAGACUUGGUGAGAGCUGGAAAUAAGAGAAGGGGCGAGCAAGCGUAG